AUGAAGAGCUUCUCAAAGCUUGCAGGCGCGGUUGCGCUGGGAUGUUUUGCGGUUGAGACUGCGGCGAGGGCUGUGGGGUAUUCGCCUCAGCAGUGGAUUAAGCCGUAUAAGAGAGAGGCUUUGCAAGAUAUUGUCACAUGGGAUGAAGAUUCACUCUUCGUACAUGGCGAACGCAUCUUCUUGUACUCUGGCGAGGUCCACCCGUACAGAUUACCGGUGCCUGAUCUCUACUCCGAUGUCUUCCAGAAGAUCAAGGCUCUUGGUUACAACGGUGUAUCCUUCUACGUAGACUGGGCAUUGCUUGAGGGCAAACCCGGUGUUUACCGCGAAGAGGGUGUCUUUGACCUGAAGCCUUUCUUCGAUGCUGCACAGGAAGCUGGCAUCUAUCUUAUCGCGAGACCCGGUCCUUACAUCAACGCGGAAGUAUCUGGUGGAGGCUUCCCCGGAUGGAUUCAGAGAGUUAAUGGCACGCUGAGAACGCGUGCGCCUGACUUCCUGGAGGCGACCGACAACUACAUGAAGAAUGUGUUGGCGACAAUUGCGCCUGCGCAAAUCACCAAUGGCGGACCCAUCAUUCUCGUUCAGCCCGAGAAUGAGUACACACAAGCCACUUCGGCUAUCAAGCCUUUCCCGGAUCCUGUCUACAUGCAAUACGUCGAAGAUCAGAUUCGCGACGCCGGUAUUAUUGUGCCUUUGAUCAGCAACGAUGCCUCUGCUAAGGGCAACAACGCACCCGGUCAACCUGCAGCUGUUGACAUUUACGGUCAUGACGGCUACCCUCUUGGAUUCGACUGCGCCAACCCUACCACAUGGCCAGAUGGCAAUCUUCCAACAAAUUGGCAUCAGCUUCACGAGCAGCAAAGUCCUACCACGCCUUACUCCAUUGUUGAGUUCCAGUCUGGCAGCUUCGACCCUUGGGGUGGACCAGGUUUCGACAAGUGCGGCAUUCUAGUUGGCGCAGAGUUCAACCGUGUCUUCUACAAGCAACUUUACAGCUUUGGCGUCACGAUUCUGAACUUGUACAUGACUUACGGUGGAACCAACUGGGGUAAUCUUGGUCAUCCCGGUGGUUACACUAGCUACGACUACGCUGCACCGAUCAAGGAGGACCGUCAGGUCGACCGCGCGAAGUACUCCGAGCUUAAGCUCCAGGCAAACUUCUUCAAAGUCAGCCCUGCGUAUCUCACCGCUGCACGCGGCAAUGCUUCGACUUCCAAGUGGACUACCAGCAGUGAUCUUGGCGUUACUCCCGCCACCAACGAGAAGACGACAUUCUACUUCGUCAGGCAUUCCAAGUACAACUCGCUAGAUUCCACAACUUACAAGCUCAACGUUGCAACGUCGACAUUGGGCAACAUUACUGUACCCCAAAUGAACGGCACUUCGCUGACGCUGAACGGCCGCGAUUCCAAGAUCCACGUCAGCGACUACGAUAUUGGCGGCACCACCCUUGUCUACUCUACUGCCGAAGUCUUCACUUGGCACAAGUAUGAAGACAAGACUGUCUUGGUUGUAUAUGGUGGCCCUGGAGAGACUCAUGAGUUGGCCCUUGCUACUACUGGACUGGAAGUCGUCGAAGGCGAUGUCAAGAGCAUGACUACUAGCGGAGUCACAGUCUUGGGCUUCAAGGCUGAUGGAGGCAGAAAGGUGGCAAAGGUUGGAGCUGACAGCCCCAUCUACGUCUACAUGGUCGACCGCGUCGAAGCCUUCAACUACUGGGCCGUCGACCAGGCACCCCACGACUCGUCUAACCCUGUUAUCCUCAAGGCAGGCUACCUGAUGCGCACUGCCAACGUCACUGGCAAUACCCUCGCCCUCACUGGUGAUAUCAAUGCUACAACCACUGUCGAGAUUCUUGGUGGCGCGUCAUCUGAUGUGUCCAAGAUGACUUUCAACGGCCAGGAUGUCGACUUCACCACUUCCGAGCAGGGAACCUUGUGCGCCGACAUCGAAUUCGCCAAGCCCGAUGUUAGCCUUCCUAAACUCAGCGAACUCGAGUGGAAGUACGUCGACUCGCUUCCUGAGAUCCAACCCGGAUACGAUGACAGCGAGUGGACUGCGGCAGAUCUGAAGAAGACAUACAACUCUCUGCGUCCUCUUGAUACCCCAGUAUCGCUGUACAGCUCCGACUACGGCUACCAUACCGGCACACUACUGUUCCGCGGUACCUUCACUGCAUCUGGAAACGAAACAACCUUUAACCUUACCACCCAAGGUGGCUCAGCGUUCGGCUCAUCGGCCUGGAUCGGCGACCAAUUCCUUGGUUCAUGGCGCGGAUACGACGCAGCCCUGAACGGAAGUGCCAUUUUCACCAUGCCCAACUUAACCAAGGGAAAGAAGUACACCAUCACGGUCGUAGUCGACAACCAGGGUCUCGACGAAAACUGGACCAUCGGCACCGAGACAAUGAAGAACCCGCGCGGUAUCCUAGACUACAAGCUAUCCGGCCACGACGCCUCCGACAUCAGCUGGAAGCUCACCGGUAACCUGGGUGGAGAAGAUUACCGCGACAUCUCGCGCGGUCCCCUCAACGAAGGCGGUCUCUACGUCGAGCGCCAGGGUCUGCACCUCCCCGGUGCUCUCUCCGCCACCGACGCUAAAUGGACUGCUUCCGCCGGUCCCGUCGCCGACGGUAUCUCCGCUCCUGGAAUCGGUUUCUUCGCCACGGAAUUCGAUCUCAACAUGCCAUCUGGUUACGAUAUCCCGCUCAGCUUUACCUUCACGAACGGCACCUCUUCUGGUAACAGCAGCAGCAGCGGCUCGAGUGUUCCUGCAUACCGCGUCCAGCUUUACGUUAAUGGCUGGCAGUAUGGUAAAUACGUUAGCAAUGUUGGGCCGCAGGUUAAGUUCCCUGUUACAGAAGGUAUUCUGAACUACAACGGAACGAAUUACUUGGGUGUCUCGCUUUGGGGCCUUGAUGGUGGGGCGACAAAGGUUGAGGGCUUGGAGUUGGAGGUUGAUGCGGAGAUUUGGAGUGGGAUGAAGAAGGUGGGGACUGUUAUGGGGAUGGAGUAUGAGAAGAGAGAGGAAUUGCGUAAUACUGUGUAUCAGCACUUCAUCGACGAUCUUGAUCACCAGUCGCAACCACGACCUUGCUGCAAUCGCUGCAAACCGAUCCGACGCCGCAAUAUAUCCAAAUGGUCCGACGGCAAAGCUUCCGAUCUGGCCUCGGUGCACCAACAGAUACGCGCAGAGUUUAUGACCUUAUAUCUGCACAAGGUGUACCAGGGCGGACGCCGGCUUUUGUUCGAUAACGUCCACUACUUCCUCGACUUGUUCUUCGGUCAAUAUCUCAACUCGGCGCUGAAGGACGUUACAUACAAGUUUGAGGCCAGCCUUGGUACUGCUCAACACGACCCUGGAGGUCUGAAGGCUGACUGGUCGCUCGAUUUGCUGGAAGUUGUCUCGAUCAUGCGUCACUACCCGUUGAUCAGCAUUGCGUGGAAUCUGGUCGACAAUUUUAAGAAAGCGACGUUCGACGAUUCAGGGGUCGUGUACGCCGUGUCAGCCCUGAAGGAUCUGGACGUCCAAUUAUUCGGGAAAUUGGGUUCCGUCAUGCUCUACUUGAACAACUCCAUCGAACCCAGCCAGUUCCGCAGGACCGAAGUAGAGGCUGAUCUGCCUUUUAUGUUGAAGAGAGGUGUGACUAAGCAAGAUGUCAAUAGCAUCAAGUCGUUGUUAUACCCUACCCAAUGCAGAGGUAUUGAAGUAGAGAUUAGAUGUGAGGGCAGCUUUCGGGGCUGGUCAGACUGGGAGUCGUACCCUGAGGAGGGUUGUUCCAGUAAUGAGGAAGACGGUUCAGAUAGUGGUGAACAAGUCUCAGACAACGGGAAAGAUGGUCUCGAGAGCAGAGACCAGAUAUUGUGCAUGUAA